AUGAGGGAUUAUUGGCUGACACAUAAGUUUGAGAAAAAUCCUCCAGCCAAGGCUGAAAGUUUAGGAUUUAUCUUUGUUGAUGACAAAUUCCAGAUAAUCAUCUGUGCAAUCGCUGAAGUGGCAAGUACGACAAUGAAGACGAUAUUUGCUCAGCUUUAUAAUAAGACCUGGAGAGGUGAAGACGUAAGUAUGACGGACUUAAACUUUAAGGGGAAGUAAAAGAGCUCACACUACAAUUCGAAAAGAGUGGGAGAAGUUUCCCCGGUGGUGUGGUCUACCAUUACCGUCAUUACCGUACCUCUGUUAUCAUUUCACUUAUCAGACUUAACAUGCAGUAUACAACAGAAAUAGAUCGAUAGCAGCAGGCAGUGGCGGCUUUACUGCUUAAGUCCGAGGAACUUACGGUACAGAUAUAAUGUACAGAGAACACCUACCGUUGUCCUCUCACCGGCCGCAACAUUAAUUACUUUACAUUAUACUGUAGCCUGAUCCAAGUGUUCCGAUAGCGGGAUCGAGGUAGCAGGGGAGGCUGGAGGAAGCUUGUACUUUAUAAUAAAAUGGACAGAGCAAUUGAAAAGAUCUUCAUUUCGUUAUAUAUAAGUGCAAGUUUCAGGCUGAAAGUAAAUGUUUAAAUGAAAUUUUAAAGACAAACGUUAAAACAAAAUCAAACCCAGCCUUAAGUUCUCGAGCAAAUAAUAAUGUGUAAAUAAAUAAUAGUUAGUUAUGUUUAAAGCAAACUAACUACCACAUUCCGGCGCGGAAGUUAUGUACUAAAAAAGUAACAUUCACAUUGGUCACGUGGAAAUAUGAGCAGCCCCAUUUUUUAUCAUUUUGUUUGAAAAAUUAAAGCCUUAAGGGUACUGUGAGUUUUAUUGGCAGUCUUAACAAUUCAACCGGGUUCCGAGGAUGCCAUCUUUUAAAAAAAAGGUUUCAGUGCCUAGGUUAUUACGUUCUAUAGAUAGAAUUCAGAUAUAACGCGCACUCUGGUUGGUCGAAAACUCGUGCUUUAUGAGAGUAUAAAAACGGAGCUAAAGCUGCCACGUCAUCUCCCAAUAGUUUGUUUUAAAAAUUUCAAAGAAAUGCGUGGGGAAAUUAACGGAUUCUUUAUCAGAAAACAAAUAAAGAAGCUCUGUCUGUGCUCUGAUCUGUUGUACCGUUGUAAAGUACUUAGGAAGCCGCGGCCAGAGCACUCAAGAAGUACACACUCGACUACGUCUCACGUUUCCUCUGCACAAAUUACGGCACUAGCCUCUUCCUGCGUGCUUCCCAUUAUAGAACAGAACACAGUCAAGGCUUCUUUAUUAGUUAAAUAACCAGCAGUUAUUUCCAACACGCACUUAAAAAAAAUUUCAUCGAACAUGCUUUGUGAAUACUUUCACAAUGAUUUCCCUUUAUUUUUUCAGGUUCACUUUUGGACGUUGGGUAAGAAAGGGGAUAUGGGUUUGAAACCUCCAUAUAAUUACACAGAAGAACGAAGGGCGAUACGUUUGAAGACUUCAAGUUCCCCUUUGUUGGAGAGCCCCUCAAUCGAUUGCUCUCGGCCUUCAAAGACAAAUUCAUAG